AUGGAGAGCGAUUACGGCAUCGUCGAUGGGUUCGAUGAACCUCCACACGCGUUCAUCAAAUCCUUGUUGUCCAAGCCGAUCAUCGUGCGCAAGCUCGCGGAUAAAUUCUUUGGAGGGGACAAGACGCGCGUGGAGGACGAGUACGAGGCGCUCACAGAGGAAGAAUUGGACAAGUUUUUCAUAAGCGAAUUCGGUGGGGGAACGUUUCGAGCGGGACGAGAGUAUUCAUUCAUCUUGUAUGGCGCGAGUGGGUACACGGGGUCGCUGUGCUUGGAGUAUAUCCUUAAGACGGUGCAGAAUCUCGGGAGCCGCGUGACGUUUGCGCUCGCGGGGCGAAACGAGGCGAAAUUACGCAAGCGUUGGGCAGAUGUGACGUCGAGAUAUCCGACGGAGUACGAACCCGGAUUCAUUACGUGCGACUUGGCAAAUCCAGUAGCGAUUCGUGAGAUGGUUCUCCAGGCCAGAGUCGUGGUGAACAUCGCCGGACCUUUCAUGCUCACGCCCGCGGAUAUGUUGGCCGAAGCUUGUAUAGAGUACGAUACGGAUUACGUCGACGUCAACGGCGAAGUACCGUUCACCAAGAAGCUCAUCAAGUAUCACGACUGGGCCAAGGCGAAUAAUGUUCUCGUCGUCCCAAACGCCGCGGGCGCCGGUGGCAUUCCGGACGUCGGGUGCUUCUACACCGUUCGUGAGCUUCGCAAAAGAAUCGGCAAGGAUGUACCAGUGAGCAAGAUGCACAUGUAUCUCUAUGGUAGCGCCGGUGGGGCUCCAUCUGGGGGGACGCUUGCGACUCGAGCCGCGAUGACGGCGGCGAUGAAGGACGUCGCCGGUUUGAUGGCGAACCCGUUCGCGCUCGGAGGCUCAAUCGAAGGCGGUAGCCGGCCCGAAGACGCCGAUCGUAACUUGAGUCAAGUUGAGUAUGACCCGGACUACGACGCGUGGAAAGCACCGUUCACGUACGCCUUCUAUGAGACUCGCUUGAUUCGUCGAGCGAAUUGGCUCCUUCGUGAUCUCGGACGGUUUCCGUACGGUCGCAACCUAAACUAUCUCGAACAUCUCAUCCUGCCGACGGAAAAAUCGGCAAGAGAUUUACAAAGCUCGAACACAAGCUCGAAGGCCGAGGAAGAGAAGCUGCGCAAGGAGGGUAGAUUAUUCAAAUUGGGCGAAGGUCUCGACGAGUCUGCGCGCGAUUCCAUUUGGUCUGAAUACUGGUUCGACGCCGUCACGCCCGAAGGCGAAAAGAUUCGUACUCGAUUGACCGGCAAGGAUGGUUACGACGAAACCGCACACAUGGCUAUCGAACUCGCGAUUCUGUGCUCGGAAUAUCGCGAAAAACUCCCUUUCAGGGGCGGCGUGCUCACCCCCGGUGUCGCCGGCGGCGACCCGUACAUCGAAGCGCUUCACUCCACCGGUCUCAACUUCGAAGUCUUAUCCAACGACGCCAAGGUUGAUUUCUCGCGUCUCGCGAACGCAAUCGUCGCGUCUUCCGCGGCAUGA